AUGGAUGCGCCGAUCGACGAGAAUACUAAGCGUGCGGUGCAAAAGAUUCCAUUGCUGACUACACGCGCAGGUCCACGUGAUGGCGAGGCCUGGACGAAGCGUUUAAAGGAAGAGUAUUUGGCUCUUAUUCAGUACGUUAAGAUGAACAAGGAGGCGGAUAAUGACUGGUUUAUCAUUGAGAGCAAUAAGUCUGGAACACGUUGGACGGGAAAGUGCUGGUCUUUUCACAAUGGCUUGCGCUAUGAAUUUGAUCUUGAAUUCGAAAUUCCAGCCACUUACCCUGCUGCCAAUCCAGAACUCUGCAUUCCUGAGCUGGAGGGUAAGACGUCCAAGAUGUAUCGAGGGGGAAAAAUCUGUUUGACUAUUCACUUUGCACCACUAUGGCAAAAGAAUGUGCCACGCUUUGGUGUUGCCCACGCCCUUGCACUCGGUUUGGCGCCAUGGCUGGCUGCUGAGGUGCCUGACCUAGUUGAGCGAGGAGUUAUUACUUCAGCAUAA